GUAUUAAUAAGAAGAAUAACAGGGAUGGUGCUGCUGCUGAAGCCGCGGAUACACAGCAGCUCCUCCAGCCUGCAGGGGGCAGCACUGUCGGUGGCGCACUGAGGGAGGGCGAGUAACGCUGCAGCAGGACCGAGGCGAGAUAGCAGGAUGUUCCUGACGUUAGCUCUGUUCCGGAAGGGGAUUCCUGGUCGGCAGUGGAUCGGGAAGCACCGGCGGCCGCGCCCCGUCACCUGGCAGAUGAAGCGGAACAUGCUGAAGCACCUGGAGCGCGAGGCGGAGAACGAGUUCUGGAUCAGCCGGCCGUACAUGAGCGCGGAGCAGGAGCGAGGGCACGCCGCCGCCCGGAGAGAGCACAUCUGGACAAACAUCAGAGAGGAGAGACGGGCCAAAUUCCCUCAGCACAAAUACGUCACCGAGCACCUGGACCACCUCAACGUCACCAGAACCUGGAACAGCUAGAGCGGUUCUAGACUCGGACUGAUGCAGUCUGUACAUCGCUGACUGCUGUGGAUCUGUGUUCAGUGUGAACGCUGUGUUCUUGAUAAAGUGUGUGUUCAGUGUUA